UGUACAGUAAUUAGGUAGAUGGGUGCAAAAAGAUGUCACAGAAGACAGGGAAAAGAGCGCUGACAGGGAACUUGAUUAUCAGCUUUUUGAACGACUAAACCAACUGGAGAAAGAGGAAGAAGAGCAAGAAAAGUUACUGAAACAGAAUAGGGAAGCUGAAGCGAAAAAGAGUUUGAGAAGAAAAAUUGUAGAAACAAGUACGGAACUAAUGAAAAAGGAUGAUGAGGGCAACAAGAUGAAUGAAAGAGGAAAGGUAGAGCAUAUGGGCGACAGGAGUCAUUUACAUACUAUUCAUUUCAAACAUUCUGAACAAUCAGGAUUGCCAUCCAAAUCUUCAUCUCAUGAACUGCAUUCUAAUGAUUCAGUUACGCAAUACCUCAAUCCUGGGGAUAUUUAUGUAUAUAAGAAAGCUAUUGCUGAUUCUGUACCUGUGAAGUUAGCAGACGAUGAAGUUAGAGAAGCUCAACGUGAAUUUAAAAAAUCUGUUCAUUUCAAAUCUCAUCAUACAACACCUACUACACCUCAUGCAUUUUCAGGUGUUGUCAUGGAGCGGAAUCCUGUUGCAAUAGCAAAUGAAGGGGCUGCAACAAAGGUUAAAGAAAGUAAAAGAGAAACAGUUUCAAAAUUCAAAUUAUCAAGAAAGAUGUAAUUUAUACUUUUAUCAACAAAACUUAUUGUUCUUUGUAGUAUUGAAUCAUUAGCAUUGUAAAGUACUUUUAAUUUAAUUUA